AAAUGAAUGUAGAUGGCGGUAUUAAACAAGUCUUGAUAAGAGCAUUCUCUAGAAGACACUAGGGUGGCCGCCUUUCAGGCUUGUUAUUGGAUAGAAAAUUUCUAGAGUUUGCAGUCGUACAAUAGCAGCCAAUCAGUACUUCCGAUAAAGCUUGUCGUAUGACAAAUGAAAUAUAUUAUUUACAUCAUCAAUGCUCAAUCUAUCUUUAUUAUUCUAUGACUGUUCGCCGCUGAUUGUUGACAGUUAACUACUGUAGUGUAACUCACGGUAAGCUACACACAGUGAUACACAGCUGUGCUUGACACGCCGAAAGUUCUUCUCGUUAUCAGCGGCACUGGAGCCUCAUCCGUACGCGUCUCGACGCAGCCUUGUUCAGGCAGCUGCGUAUCCCGACCAUCAUCAUUCCUCGCGACAGAUCGAGUCGCAUCGUCGUAGGAGUGGACAGACUCCAGAAGUAGGAAAAAUGAGUAGAUCGCAAAUGACAACGAUGAAUGGAAAGAGGCCCUCUUCGGUGUCCUCUAGACAUCAGCCAGAGACUCAGUCGCAACAUAAUGACUUGAUUACCUACAUCUGUGAUUCUUGGAAUUCUGUAUCUAGAGAGUUAGAUAUGUGUCACAAUCAACCACAUAGUAAUUCUGCCAAUUAUAGAAAUGGAGCAUCAGUUACAUAUUAUCAAGAACGUGAACCAAAUCCACAUUUGAAAGGGUGCAUCUCACAUCUUUUUACAGAUUUUGAGCCUUUCAAUUUGGAGGCAUGGUGGGGACAGCGUGUUGUGCAAAGUAUCACUAGGAACACAAAUUCCUAGUGCCAGGCCCAACAUGCAGACUAUAAUCGAACAUUCUCAAACAGAUAUAAGAAACAGAAAAGAUAAAUUGGGAGUUAAUAAAUUCAAUCUUUGUUUCUAUUUAUAAGAUUUAUUGUAAAUUCAAAACUGAUGAAGGAUAUGAUAGCUAGGAUAUAUAUAUCUACUUAUGUAUCUCGAAAAGGACUUUGAAAUCUUUUGAUAAAGAGAAGCGGGGAAAGCAGAUAAUAAGAAAGAUAAUUGACGAACUUAGCAAGAAAUUAGAGAACACGAGAAGC